AUGCUAUGUGGGACCUGCUCUUUUCGCGCCCUGGUUCGCAGUCUGCUGCUGGCCUUAUGGGCGGCUUUGUCUGGCCUCACCUUCCUGGUGCUGCGGCCAGAGGGCGACGGCUUCGUCGCCCGGCCGCUGCGAGAUGUGGCCUGGAGCAACCCUUCCAUGGCCAUGCGCCUUGCCGGCGCGCUCCUCGACGCGCAGCGCAUGGCCGCGGAGCCCGAGAAGGCGGAGCUGCUUUCGCUGCGGACAGCAACAGCUGAGCAAUUUCCAGGCGGGGUGCACAUGCUUCCCAGCCGUCGCCGGGGGCAGCUGCUCCAGUGCCUCUGCCGGCGUUUCGAGGUCCGGCGCGUUCUGGAGGUGGGCACGUUUACAGGCUUCUCCGCCUUUUGCUUCGCAGAAGCAGGGGCCAAGGUCAUAAGCCUGGAGCGGAGCUCCUCCCAGGCGAGCCUCGCGCGGGCCGCCACAAGGACUGCUGCCUGCAGCGUUGAGGUGUGCGUGGGCGAUGCCCGCCACUUGGUGCGAACCUUGGGCGAGGAACCCCUGCCGACAUUUGACUUGCUCCAUUUGGACGCUGACAUGAAGAACUAUCAGUACUACCUGGACACUUGCCGCAGUUAUGGGCUUCUGUCGCCAAAUGCACUCGUUCUGGCGGACAACGUUCUGUUCCGUGGGCUAGUGGCGAACGCCAGCUUCGAGGAUCGAGGUCGUGUGGGGCGCAUCGUGCGAAGCCUUCGCAGCUUCAAUCGGAAGAUGUUGCGAGACAGCCCUGACACGGAAGGGGCGAUUUUGCCAGAGGACGAUGGCCUGGCUGUGAUUUGGACUCGACCCUAA